AUGGAGAAGCUAAAACUGUCCUUGGUGCUCUUUGCAAUUUUUGCUUCAUCGUACGGUAAAAACGACAUCAACUUUGUUCCUCCCCAACCUCAUCCUAAUUCAUCAACAAAGCCUCCAAUCACCACCACCCAUGCUCCAAAUACCACCACACAUGCUCCAAAUACCACCACUCAUGCUCCAAAUACCACCACCCUUGCUCCCAACACGACCACCAUUGCUCCCAACACCACCACUGCUGCUCCCAACACUACCACCAUGGCUCCCAACACUACCACUCUAGCUCCCAACACCACCACUGCUGCUCCAAUCACUACUACUAUGGCUCCGAAUACCACCACAGUCGCCCCGAUCACCACACCAUCUCCUGCCCCGAAACCAGUCCCGGACCCAUCCAUGGGCAAUUGGUCGGUCAACUACGAGAAUACCAACCACAGCUGUCUCGGAGUGGAUAUGGCUGGGCAGUUGGAGUUCCUGGAAGCGAACCAUACCAUGAAGUUGAAUCUGCCACCCAACGCCACAGCCAAUGGGAUGUGCUCCAAUGAGAGCGACAGUUUGGUGCUGCACUGGGGUAACAACAACAUGAAAAUGGAUUUCAGAAGGAUGAACACCAGCAAGUACGAGUUGGGCCUUAUCAAGGUCGUUCUUGUCAAUUUGACGUUGCCCGGGCAAGCACCGAAAAACUACACCCUCGUUCACAACACUACCGAAUUCUCAACGCCGCUGUCGAAUUCCUACAAGUGUGCCAAAGUGCAGACCCUUAACCUAACGGAAGAAAACAAAAAUGACACUAUCGCCUAUCUUCACGUCAGCCAUGUGCAGUUCCAGGCCUUCCGUAAUGCUACCGGACACACUUUCGACUCGGCUAUCGACUGCGACGGCUCCGUGACCAACGACGUGGUGCCGAUCGUGGUGGGCUGCGUCCUGGCAGCCCUAGUCGUGAUGGUGCUCGUCGCCUACCUCAUAGGCAGAAGGCGUUGCCAGGCUCGCGGCUACCUCUCAAUGUUUGCAGAUACCAAAAGUGAAUCUGACUACAUUCCAAUGAAGAAUAUAUCCUGCUUUAAAUAA